AUGGUAUCAGAUAAAGAGUCAUUUUACUUAAGAUAUUAUUCAGGACAUACAGGACGUUUUGGGCAUGAAUUUUUAGAAUUUGAUUUUCGUGCUGAUGGAAUGUCGCGUUAUGCAAAUAAUUCAAAUUAUAGGAACGAUUCAUUGAUUCGUAAAGAAAUGUGUGUAAGUCAAUCUGUCAUAUCUGAACUUAAGAGGAUUAUUAAAGAGAGUGAAAUCAUGAAAGAAAAUGAUUCAAAAUGGCCCAAAAAAGAUAAAGAUGGAAGACAAGAACUCGAAAUACGUCUUGGAAACAAUCAUAUAUCAUUUGAAACAGCAAAGAUCGGAUCAUUGGUAGAUGUUCAAGAAAGCGAAGAUCCUGAAGGAUUACGUGUAUUUUAUUAUCUUGUACAAGAUCUUAAAGCUUUGAGUUUUAGUUUAAUUUCUCUGCAUUUUAAAAUAAGACCUAUUUGA